CUUUGAGGGCGUGUACCAUCUGUGUAUUUAUUCUCACACCCGAGCAGGAAGUUUUAUCAUAGCGUGACGUGAAACGCGAUUUCUAAUUAGUCAUUCGCAGGGGACUCUAGAAGCUAGUCAUCCUCUUUCCAGUUUCCUCUCAAGAAAUUAACUUAAUUGUAUUAUCCAAUUUCAGGCAAUACUGGUAGGAGCUACUUAUCGAGAGAAACUUAAACAUAUUGUUCGAGGAACUGCUGCUCCUGUGUCAGAUAUCAAACAUGAGUUACGGGUAUCAGGGGCCACCGAUAACACCGUUUCCGGGACAGAAACCACCGAUGUCGUUUGGUGCUCCUCCUGGCGCACCUUCUGCCCCUGGUGCUCCACCUUACCCUCACUCUGGCAAUUUUGGAUUCGCUUCUCCCCCGACAUCGUUUGGCAUGCCGCAACCGUAUACCCCAGCCCCUUAUCCUAAUCAACCAAGUCCAUAUCCACCUCAAUCCAGUCCUUAUCCACCUCAGUGUAGUCCAUAUCCUGCCCAUUCUAGUGUUUAUCCUGCACAGCCUUCUCCGUAUCCCAUGCAAUCUGGCUCGCAAGUUCCACAGAGCGGUGGAUACAGCUCUCCUCCUGCUGCCUCUCCUUAUCCUAUUCCGAAUACACACGGAGGGCACUCGUAUCCCACCCAGCCUCCGAGUGGUCCUUAUUCCCAGCCACAAAAUCCUGGUGCUUAUCCUAAUUUAAAUAUGGGCUCCAAUGUGCCUGAAUAUCCAGGAGGCAAUAUGCCGGCUCCUUAUCCGAACAGUUCCUGUCCCUAUUCCGGAAGUGGGUAUCCCGGGGGCCAGGGGAUAGGAGGUGCCCAACCUUAUCCGAGAGGCAAUGCAUCUUCGAUACCUCCUCGGAGUGCCAACCUGUCCCCUGGGAUGACCCACAAUAAGCCUAAGCUGUCACCCACUGUUGUGCCCUAUGAUGCCUUCGAUCCUCGAGCGGAUGCCGAAGCUCUGCGAAAGGCAAUGAAAGGGUUCGGCACUGAUGAGAAGACUAUCAUCAAUGUAUUGGCAAACCGCAACAACCUGCAGCGUCAAGAAAUCGCUUCACAGUUUAAAACUCUCUAUGGGAAAGAUUUGAUUAAGGAUUUGAAGUCAGAGCUGUCGGGUAACUUUGAAAACCUAAUUGUUGCCAUGAUGACUCCACUGCCGCAGUACUACGCAAAAGAAUUACACGAUGCGAUGUCUGGAAUAGGCACGGAUGAAUGUGUCCUCAUCGAGGUUCUUUGCACUAUGUCUAAUCAUGAGAUUCGAGUGAUUAAACAAGCCUAUGAAUCGAUUUACGGAAGGAGCUUGGAAGACGAUCUCAUGGACGACACCUCCGGAAGCUUUAAGCGUCUAAUGGUUUCUCUGUGCUGUGCAAACCGUGAUGAAUCAUUUAAUAUCGAUCCUGCUGCUGCGGCACAGGAUGCCAGGGAGCUUCUCCAAGCAGGGGAGCUACGCUUUGGAACCGACGAGUCGACGUUCAAUGCAAUUUUGGUACAAAGAAACGCCGCACAGUUAAAGCAGAUUUUCUAUGAGUACGAGAACAUAACAGGUCAUGGCAUCGAAGAAGCCAUCGAGAACGAAUUCUCUGGGGACAUCAAGAAAGGUCUCCUCGCCAUCGUGAAGUGCGUUAAGAACAGACCAGGUUUCUUUGCCGAACAACUCUACAAGAGUAUGAAAGGUUUUGGGACCGAUGAUCGACGUCUCAUUCGUCUUGUAGUAACUCGUUCCGAAGUCGACAUGGGGGAAAUAAAGGAAUCCUUCCAACAACAAUAUGGACAAUCAUUGGAAAAUUUCAUAUCGGAUGACUGUUCCGGGCAUUACAAGAAAUGUCUUCUUGCAUUGGUCUCCUAACUUGUCGUUCCUUCAAAUUUUACUCAGCUCCAUAUAUCUUAAUCGUUGCAUUUAUUCGUCCUCGCUUGCGCGAAGUUCAAGACAUUUAUUCUGAUUUUAGGAGUACGUAAAAAAAUGGCAUUAAAAAUGUCAUCGUUAGGUUACGAUGCCAAUUGUUUUGUGCCUAAAUGUGACGACCUACUUUUUGGGAAUUGAAUGUGCCGUGAUGUUCCUGUGUUAAAAAGCAGUGCCAAUGUUGCAUCUUAAAAGAAAGCAGUAUUCCUUCUUCCCCGUGAAAAAACAUAUUUUUCUAAAUGUUUUGGGUAAUCACUGAUUUAUUGUUAAAGACAGACAGCGCUAUUCACCUGCACAUGCCUUAAGAAUGUUUCUGUGAUCCGAGUACAAAUUGAUGAAUAAUUAUGGAAUGUUGUGCUAAUAAUGAUAUUAAAAAUAUUCAUUGGCGCAAAGUGAACUCGACCAUAAUUUAACAAAGAGCUGUCUGUCUUUGAAAUUAAUCGAGGGUACAGAUCUGAAAUGUUUAUGGUCUCGAUUCUUGUUUACGACUUGAUAAGAGUUUACAAACUUUUAAAGUAAGAAACUGCACCUAGUUUGCUUCCAAGUAUUGCAAAAAUAUGUUUACAUUUUACAAUAUACAUUUUACUGUGUGAAUGUCUAUAUUAUUCGACACAGAAUGUGGAUAUUAAAUGUAUCUAUCCAAGCCUACCUUAAAAAGAAAAGACAUUAUAUUUGACUGUUUCAAACGUUAAUAAAUUAUAAUAAAAAGAA